AUGUUUCACGGCAGUAGCGGCGGUUCUAGCGCGGGCUACGGACAAGAUAUGACGGGAGGAACGACCGGAAUGUUUCACCAGGCGCAGGCUCCGGUCUAUGUGCCGUCCAGCCGGGCGCUGCCCCAUGCUGGACAGUAUGCGAGCACCGGACAUUUCGGGGCGACUCCGGUGCCGCAGAACGCGUGGCAUCAUGCUUCCGACGGAUACGGAUCGACUCACCACAGUGCAGCACAUAGUUUAGGGGCUCCUACUGCCCAUUCGUCGCCUUUGGCGUCCCAAUUUUACGCCCAAAAUGCGAUGAUGAAUGCAAUGUCGUGGAGGGCCUACGACACCGCAGCAGGAUUUCAACGAACAUCACCCUAUGAUGGUUCGAUGGAUUUCCAAUUCGGUGAAGGGCGCGAGUGCGUCAACUGCGGUGCAAUUUCUACGCCACUGUGGCGCAGGGACGGCACAGGGCACUACCUCUGCAACGCCUGCGGACUUUACCACAAGAUGAACGGAAUGAACCGGCCCCUGAUCAAACCCAGCAAACGACUUUCUUUUCAAUUCCAGACUGCAACGCGCCGUUUGGGUUUGUGCUGCACGAAUUGCGGAACUCGCACGACAACUCUUUGGCGGCGAAAUAAUGAAGGCGAGCCGGUAUGCAAUGCUUGCGGUUUAUAUUUCAAGCUGCACGGCGUCAAUAGGCCAUUGGCCAUGCGGAAAGAUGGCAUCCAGACCAGAAAACGAAAACCCAAGAAGCAGGGCGGAGGAAAUGGAGGCAGCAUAGGAAGUGGAAAUAGCACAACGCCUGUUAGCGAAACUACCAGGAAGGAGAGCUCUUCUCCAGCUGAAGAUCUCAAACCGCCAAUUCAGCAACAGACUACUUCUGCAAGCCACCACCAAACCACACCAUCCUCUGUUGAUAAUGAGAUCAACAAAAGCCAUAACACGAAUGGUCAACAAACUCCGACAAGUAUCAGUGAGCGACCGUAUUUAGGCCACACAUCCUUGUUACCUGCGACAAGCAGCGCAAACUUAACUACACACCAUCACCAGCAACAACAACCUCAGAAUUUACAUCACCACAGUACUAGUCAGCAACAUCACCAUCAGCAACAUAGUAGUAACAACAAUAUAUCCAGUGCUGGCAACAUGAAUCCGCAACAUGUGAAUAGUCAUCUUUCUCACCACAGUCCAUUAUCUUCAUCCAUGAGCCAUCAUCAUACAAUGCACACACCUUCGUCGAUCAAUUCGGGGUAUCAGCAUGUGAAAAAUGAACCUAGUGAAUACGAUUACAUGAAUAAUUGUCUUCCUGGAAGUUAUUUCACAGGAACCAGUUUUGGUACGCCUUUGAGUCAUUCACAAAGCAGUGCUGUAGAUUCACUGAGUGGAUACCAUCAUCAACACAAUGUCAUCCAAGCCGCAAAAUUGAUGGCAACUUCUUGA